GGUUCACGCGCAAGGAAGCCCCGGGAGUGGCGCGCCAAAUUUCAAAGCACUUCCUCCCGGGAGGACAGGAGGUGAAAAGCUGCACCGAGCCAAGCGAACAACGGCGAUAAAAACCUGCAGAAACCAAACAUUUUAUUCAAAGUUCAUGAGCUGAAGCCUCUGGUGGAGCAGUCGACGGUGUUUCUUCGGCAGUGGGUUGAGGAAUAAUUCACAAAAAAAGGGAAUGUCAUUGUUAUCAGACAGCCUUUGUCACCUGUUAGACGGCUGAUGUCAGGAGCCUGGGAUUUUAAUCUCACACACACACUUACACACAGGCUCAGAUGACAGCUCUUCAACCCUGGAAAUAUUUAACGUCAGAACUCAGGCUAAAAGUCAAGGCUGUCAAGGUUCUAUGGCAGGUUUGCUUUUCAUGAUUUUAAUAUUUAAUGCACCUUUCCCAUUUAGCGGUAACACGCAGGCUGUCCACAUUACUAAAGCUCCAUCUCCUUACAGCCUCCUCUCCACGGAGGAUUUAAUCUGUUUGAGUUUGAGCUCAUGCCAGAGUGCAGUAGCUCAUUUCCACACUUCACCAGCUUACACAAGGCUCCAUAUCCUCAUUAUUUAUUCAUGUAUUCACGGCAGGGCACAACAAGGCAUCUGCUUUCCAUACUAACGCAAACACCUGUUGCUCAAAGCGACUGCACCUGCCUGUAACCGGGCCUGUGCUUAGAAUAUUUGAUUUUGUAGAUUUGUGUUUGUUCAAAUGCCUUUGAUUUAACUUCUGUCCACCAGCAAAUUGUGUAUCCCACAAUGGAUCUCAGCCUCCUGUAACUCAGGGCCUGUCACAUAUAUUGUGUGGCCUCUGGGUGUGGUCAGGGGGGGGUUCAGAGGUGGCAGACAAUCAUACCCUUCAGACAUGCUGUGCGGGGUGCAGCCGUGCUUCCAGUUGCUGCGGAUCGGGUCGUCUGCAGGGGACUCGGCGAGGGACCUGUACACAUUCAGGCCGGCGCUGAGCCACUCAGUGUUCAGGCUGGGCCGGGCGGCGGAGCUGUGUGACGUCACGCUUGACUCCACCUCGGUGUCACGGAUCCACGCUGAGCUGCACGCAGAGAGGGAGGCAGGGGAAGGUGAUGUGGCGCCGCAGGAGGAAGGCUGGAUGGUCCACGUCAAGGACAGGAGCAGUCAUGGCACCUGGGUGAACGAGGUCCGCCUCCAGCCCGGCGUCCAGUGGGAGCUCUCGGACGGGGACACCCUGACCUUCGGGGACCAGUCUGCUCCAGGGAGCCCCGAGUUCUACUUCCUCUUUCAGAAGGUCAAAGUUCGCCCGCUAGACUUCGAUGCCAUCACGAUUCCAAAGGCGGGCACCUUCUCCUCCGACCUUCAGAACCGGAUCAGAACGAACCAGGAACGCAAGACAGCCGCCAACCUGGACCUGUCCAAGCUGUCCAUCAACCGCUCCACCGUCAUCCUCAACUCUAUCGGCAGUCUGAGCAAGAUGAAGGGCAGCGCCUGGACCUUCAAGAGGAGCCACAGCAAUGAGGGCACUGCCUCGGACCCCGGCUCCUCCUACUCCCCCCCUCUGGCCGUGGGCAUGUCCUCUCUGCUCCCGCCCUCCACGCCUCCAUCCUUCUCAGCAGCUUCAGUGCCUUCGUCAAAGUCCCUGCAGCCGACCUCCAGGAGCCGCAGGAAGUCGGCUCACACGGUGCUGCUGGAGGACGACAGCUCCGAUGAGCCCAGGAGUCGAGGAGCUCUAACAGGAGCUGUGGAGGACGGACAGAGGUCGAGGGCGAAGAAGCGGCGGCGGCUCUACAAGUCCGAGUCGGAGACCUUCAGUCCACCCCCUCUGCCGAUGCAGCCAAAGACCCACACCGACAUCCGGCGCCCCCUUGAGGCCAAGCCCUUCCCCGCUGGCAUCAGGACCAUUGGCAGUUUCCACGGCGCCAUGACCAACAGCCGCCUGAACCAGCACCUCCUCCAGGCGUCCUUCUCCCACCCCGCCGCCCACAAACAGGAAGUGCACACGGUGCAGCGUGUCCAGACGGUGAUGCACGGCAACAUCGCAGCGUUCCGCCAGCAGAAGUCUGCACACUGCGCUCCGGUGCCGCAGAGGGGUAGGCGGAGGGCCCUCAGCUCCCCCGUGUUCUCCCCCCUGGUGGUGGGAGGGGAGAAGUACAGCCUGGCCUCGCCCUCAAUGAGGAUCUGCGCCGAAGAGAGAGGCAGGGUGCAGUUCAACAGAUUCCACCACCCAGCAAGUAAGCGACGGGGCCGGCCCAGAAAACACCCGCUUCCUCCCCGGCCUUCCCUUCCCUCUCCAUCCUCCUCGUCCUCCUCUUCCACCUCCUCUGCCUCCUCCUCCUCGGGCUCCUCCUCUUCCUCCUCCGAUGAGGACGACGAUGACGAGGAGGAAGAGGAGGAGACGACAAAUGGAGCGGUGGAGCCUUGCGCGGCCCCCCGCUGCCGCCUCCCGCAGCAGGACACAGUGCAGUGGAUCCAGUGCGAUGUGUGUGACUCCUGGUACCACAUCGACUGUCUGCAUGUGGACCGCAAGAAGCUGCUGAAGGACCCCAAUGCAGACUUCCACUGCGGCUGUUGCUGAGUGUGUGGGGGGGGGGGGGGAACUUUUCAAAUCAAUUGCCCCAGUUUUCCACAUCUACCCCAUAUAAAUGUUUAUUUCCUUUAGCCACACCCGCGGAAAUCAUCUCAUUAAAGAUGCUAAUGGUGGGAAAAAGUCCCUUGAUUACUCCUUCCUGAUGUCCCAAGUUUGAGCAUUUCUAAAAGCCAGACGGCUGCUCCAUGAACCGGCUGUCUGCUCAGUUUCAGGGCUCAGUCUUCGGAGAAUAAACUCUAAUGAAGUGUCUCAGGCGGGAUUUCAUUACGCCUUUGAAUGCCUGGAGAGGUGCGUCAGGGCGGGAAACAUGAUGAAAUGUUUCGGAGUGCGCUCAGUGUCGCUGACCAGAGGCUGAGGUCUAAACACAUUAAACUUUAUCGGAUGUCUGCCACCUUCACUGUUUUAGCGGCGAUUUUUCAGGGCAGAAAGGACCUUCAGUGGGCAUUUAAGCAGUUUGGAUGGCCAAAAAUAAUACAAUCUAUGAAAUAUUUGGAGUGCAGCUCUCCUGCGUGGCAGCAGCUGUCUGGGAAUCAGCGUAUGUUGUUUCAAGACAAUUCAACGGCAGGAAAUGUGUCGGCAGACUUCAAUUGUGGCGCUUGAGGGAGGACAAUCAAAUGUUGGAAGGUAGAAGCAGCCGCUGGAGUGUGUUUGCAGCUGCUGUCAGAAGACGUCAGGCUGACAGUGUGGCUGCUGCUUAGGGAGCACUCAUUACCAGGGAAAUUUCAUGAAAUAUCAUCUGAUGAUUUAACUGAAUAAACGGACACAAACGGCUCACUGAUGAAAUCACUGUCAGUGAGCCGUUUUUGUCUCCUCACACUACUGACCUCUCAAAGUGGACACGUUCCUCCUGACUGAACUGUAAUUGUAUACAUAUCUGCAGCUUGAGUUAGAAUGAAAUACAAAAUCUCCAAAUUCUCUAAAGCACCUUUUCUAUUAUUUAAAUCUGACUUAAACGGACAAAAACUGUAUUUUUUUAAACCGCAUCUUUAAGGCGUUUAACUCCUUUUCAUGAUAGUUCUGACUGAGCUGUUCAGAUAAUGAUAAUGUUUAUAAAAAAUGGUCUGGGCUGGUGCUGUGUAAAUAAGCGUUUAUUUUUGAUACCGCUAUGGUAGGCCUGCAGUCUGUUCAAGGGACAGGAAAGUGGAGGAAAUGUAGAUUCUCGAGCAAUAAAAUAAGAAAAAAUGUAUUUUUUUUUUAAAAACUUGUAAUGUCUAAUAAGACAAAUGAUUGGUUACAGCACAGUCGAUUCAAAUGUUUUUCUCUGUAGCGCUCUGCAUGUGAGUAGCUGUCAAAACGCUGUCACGGAAGAAGGAAGAGGACGUCUGAUAACUGGUUGGGAUCAGUUUCUUUUUAAUUUAGUUGAUUAUAUCUUACAAUCUUACAAGUGAGACCCAACAAAGUGUUCUGUGAGAUCCAUAGUCUUGUGUGAUAAAUGCACUUUGAGCGUUUCACAACAUUACAGUGAAAAUACCCAGCAUUUGUUUUGUAUUAUGAGGAAACACCACUUCAUUGCAGUACUACAAUAUCAACUAUAUAGAACUUAACAAGGAAGCCUAUUACAUCGUACAGAGUGUUUAUUUUUAUGUGAAAGGAGAUGAGUUAGGUUUUCUUUUCGAUCUCAGUAAAUUGUGUUUGUGUUUUGUAUGUGUCGUCACAUGUUGCAUAUGUUUUUUGUCUCUUAGACUUUGAGCUUUUUAAGAUAUUUAAAUGUGUUUUUUUUUAUGUCUUAUCUCAACCAUCUUCCUCACAUUGUCUCCAGCUAAGUGUUGCUGUGUUAACGCUCCUCUUUGUGCUCAGCUUCAUGUGAAAGUGAAAGGAUAUAUUCCCACACUGCAGUUACACAUGUGCUCAAAAUGUGAAAUGUCUCUAAGUGCUACUUUUUAAUUGGGAGGAUUGGCAGUGUGACAACUUUCAGAAAAGAAAAGCCAAUAUUUACUGUCAAUUACUCAGAUGGCUGUUACAUAAAGUUCUGACACUGUCAAUGGACAACUUUCUAUCAAUCCCGCAGAAGAAAAAAUAUUCAUUUAUCAGCAAAAAGGCCCCAAAAAUGCAUGCUACAAUUUAUUAAAAAGGAACAUUUCCAGUUUUCCUUUUGAAUGGUUACCAGAAAUGCAUAACAAAAGAGGAACAGUUUAAACUAAAUUUUAUUAAAUAGCAAUCCACAAAUAAUAAAAACAGGAGUAAAAGGAACACCGCCAAGUGUUUUUAAAUCAUUGUAUAUUUUAUAUUGUUGAGUUCUGUCAGAUAAAAACAUCCAACUUUAAAAAUAGCACCUCUGGAUGCUCAUGGGCAUUCCUCACAACUUUCAGAAUUCGAAUAGACUAAUCAUCACUUGACCAAAUAAAUCUGAUAUUUGACAAACAAUCUUUGUAUAUUGAUAACCACAUUACUAACAGCUCUUUGUAAAUCUGAAAUAUGUCUCAUUUACAUUGCCUCAAAGACAUCAAACUCUCUUCUAGAUAUUAUCCAGUUUGGGAUCACAGCACUGUUUGUUAAAUGUUUCAUGGUGCCAUCACCAUGCAGCACAUUCAAGCCUCAACAUUUAUCAUUGUUCUGAAGAAAGUCCUUGAUACCGGACUCUUAAGGUAAUAUGUGAUGAUUGUUUCAUGCGUCUUAUCAUCUUUGAUCUUUCCUUUUCUACUAAAACAUCACUGGACUCUUCUUUAACCAUCACAUUUAAAAAGCAGAAACACUUUGUUGGUUUUGCUGGGUUGUACAGAAUUGUUAUUUGUCUCUGAGAUGCCAUCAGCAUCAAAGUUAUCAGGGAAAAAUUAAAGAAUAUUUUCAAAAUGAA